GUCAUGGCCGCCUCCGUGGCCUGGGGAGGUGUGAAUGCUGGGUUCCUGCUGCGGGCUGCCAGGGGUGCCUGGUGGAGCCGACCUGGAGGCUUUUGGGGGUCCGGGGAGGCGGCGGCGCCAGCGAUAGCCAGGAAAUUCCGGGCGACAGGCUCGCGCCCGGCGGGGGAGGAAGAAGCCGGCGGCCCCGAGCGGCCCGGGGACGUGGUGAACGUGGUGUUCGUGGACAGGUCAGGCCAACGGAUUCCGGUGAGCGGCAGAGUCGGGGACAAUGUUCUCCACCUGGCCCAGCGCCAUGGGUUGGAUCUGGAAGGGGCCUGUGAAGCUUCCUUGGCGUGCUCCACCUGCCACGUGUAUGUGAGUGAAGACCACCUGGACCUUCUGCCACCUCCUGAUGAGAGGGAGGACGACAUGCUGGAUAUGGCCCCUCUCCUCCAAGAGAACUCCCGGCUGGGCUGCCAGAUCGUCCUGACUCCUGAGCUGGAAGGGGCCGAAUUCACCCUGCCCAAGAUCACCAGGAACUUCUAUGUGGACGGCCACGUCCCCAAGCCCCACUGACACGGGCAGCUGGACGGUCCAGACACUGACGGCCCCAGGGCCAGGACUGGAAGAACACAGCCAAGAUGCCAGCCCAGCCCAGAGCGCGGACAGAUCGGAGAGAUGGCGGAAGCACCCAGAAAGUCAAAACCUUUGCUUCAGAGAGAUCCCAUGUCCCAGCUCUGGUGGGGCCAGGGCCCCUAAUGGGGCCGCCUCAGCCAAGCUCCUGAGAAUGCGGGUGUGGAUAGGGGUGGAAUCUAAUUGGAGCGAUAAUAAAACUGUCUCACAGAUA